GGUCAGCGGCUCAUUGUCCACGUGGAGAUCAGCGAGGACAGGGAUCCCUUGGGGGUCGUGUGGGGCUGACGCUGCUCAACAGCUUUGUCGGCGACGUUGGUGGUCUGACCGAGGCACCGUCAGCGAGUGACGGCGGGCUGUGUGGUGCCGUCAGGCACUGGAGGGAAGGGAUGGGGACUGGAGCACCUCCCCUGUGGAAGAACAGAGGGUUGCGUGGAGACCACAGGGCAGCCUUACAGAACCACAAGGGGACUACAAGGAGGCCAGAGAGGGACCCUUCGUCAGGAACUGCAGUGACAGGACAAGGGGAACGGGCUCAGACUGAAAGAGGGAAAAUUUAGGUGCUGCUGCGAGCCGGCGAGGCGAGCAUGGGGCCGGCGGAACCGGUGCAGAAGAUCAGCAUCAGCGCCGAGAGCCCCCGCGGGAGCGAGAGGAACGGCGGCGGCUCGGCGCUGGCGGGCGCUGAGGGGGCCGCUGCCGGCGGCUGGAGGCACAAGUGCGCGGCCUAUGUGCUGGCGCUGCGGCCGUGGAGCUUCAGCGCCUCGCUGACCCCCGUGGCGCUGGGCAGCGCGCUCGCCUACCGCGCCCAGGGAGCGCUGGACCCGGGGCUGCUCCUGGGCAGCGCCGUCACCGUCCUGGCCGUGCACGGCGCCGGCAACCUGGUGAACACCUACUACGACUUCUCCAAGGGCAUCGAUCACAAGAAGAGCGACGACAGGACGUUGGUGGACCAGAUUUUGGAGCCGCAGGACGUGGUGCGGUUUGGGGUGUUCCUGUACACCGUGGGCUGUAUCUGCGCCGCCGGGCUCUACGCGGUGUCCACGCUCAAGCUGGAGCACCUGGCGCUGAUUUACUUCGGAGGACUUUCCAGCUCCUUCCUUUACACCGGGGGGAUUGGCUUUAAGUACGUGGCCCUCGGGGACGUGGUGAUCCUGAUCACCUUCGGGCCGCUGGCCGUCAUGUUCGCCCACGCGGUGCAGGUGGGGUACCUGUCGGUGUCCCCCCUGCUCUACGCCGUGCCCCUGGCCCUCAGCACCGAGGCCAUCCUGCACAGCAACAACACGCGGGACAUGGAGUCGGACCGGCAGGCGGGCAUCGUCACCCUGGCCAUCCUCAUCGGCCCCACCUUCUCCUACAUCCUCUACGCCGCGCUGCUCUUCCUGCCCUACCUGAUCUUCUGUGUGCUGGCCACACGCUACACCAUCAGCAUGGCCCUGCCGCUGCUCACCAUCCCCAUGGCCUUCUCGCUGGAGAGGCAGUUCCGCAGCCGGAGCUUCAGCAAAAUCCCCCAGCGGACAGCCAAGCUCAACCUCCUCCUGGGGCUCUUCUAUGUGUUUGGCAUCACACUGGCACCAGCCGGGGCUCUGCCCAAGCUGUGACACCGCCCGCUGAGAGCCGGGCCUCACUAUCCAGUGUUCCUGCCAGUUAACGUGGGAUUUGGGGGGUAAAUGACCCGUUAUGGACAGUGGGGGGGAAUGGAAAGACUGUCUCGCACUGUUCGUUGUGAAUUUUAUCGUUUCUGGUCUUGGUCAGCUCGUACAACAGACUGUAAAAAAGUGAUUUGGUCAGUUGUUCAGAAGGGAUGAACUGGGUGGCUUUGCCUCAGGGGGAGCAAGGUGACAUGAGGUGAAGGAAUGCUUAAAAAACCCCAUCCUUCUGCCACUGAAUUUUUUCACUGUCAGCUCAGUGAAAGCUGAAGCCUCAAGUCAGACUCUCUGUUCCCUUCACAAGCACAGUGAUUGCUCUUAUCACAAUUCUUUUCUUACCAUGGUCAGGGAGUCCAGUGGCUCCUGUGUGGUCAACAGAAAACACUGCCAAAUGUUUAGCAUCACAACAGCAUAGGUGCUAUUACUUCACUCUCUUGUCAACACAGUUCAUCUUCAUCUGUUGUAUACUUUAAUUUUUGUUUGGUUUUUCUCAGCCAGAUUUUGAGCUUUUAUUUCCAAGCCCCACAAAAUGCACCAGAUUCAUUAACUGCUGCUUCUGCUUCUUCCUUACAGUCUAGAAAUUUCAAAGUUAUAAAUCUCCGUGGAACAUGGUGCUAAAAUGGAGAACGAUUAGCCCACUGCACAAAUUUUAAGCCAAAACCAGUGAACCUGUAUUCUGCCCCUGAAGCUGAAGCUGUAAAUGCAAACCAUGCAACUGGAAAGCCCUCAAUGGGUAGAAAAACAAAUUAUUUCCAUUUUUGCAUUUGACAGUUUUGGAGUUAAAGGGGAGCUGACAGUGCCAGAUUUCUCUGAAUGGCUGUGGAUUAAUGGACACGUGGGUGGAAGAACAAAUUCUUGAUUUAGAAAAAGAUGUGGUUUUUUUUUUCAUUUGUUUUUCUCUGCUUAUUUAGAGGCCCAGAGUAUGUCUUAUUAUAAGAAGCCCAGUUUAGCAAAGGAAAAUUAUACAGGGUUAGAAAACCCAAAUCUGGAUUAUUGCAUUGGCUCUGCAUAAAAAUUAAGAGUGGAGAGGAAGAAACCAAUUUUCUUAGCAAGAUUGUUCCUAACAGAGUCCAGAGUCUGUGUCGCUGAAUCACAAUUAAGUGAGCUCUGAAAGGAUGUUCUCCAUCCCUUUUCCCCCCUCUACUCCUUACAGCGUUGCUUUGUUUUCUCCUGCAGCUCUUGCCACUUGCUGUCCACGUGGCCCUUUGGAGGGCUGAACGUUUCAGCAGUUAUGUAGCUCUGUGAAAAACAUGCCAAACACAGCGGGGAAAAAGUGUGCCUUCCAGUGCAGAGAUGGGUUUGAUCCAUACUGUGUAACUCAGUGGUGACUGGAAUUCUCUUCUGUGGUGAAGCAAAACCACUCAUUUGCUGUGUGCAGGGUUUGGGUGAGAACUCUGUGUGCAGGAGCUGUGGAAGGCCCAGAGGAGCCGAGGCAGGUGUUGAACUCAAGCUGCUGGUGCCUGGAGCACAGCCUGGCUUUGGAAGGAGUGCUGACCGCUGCAGGGCAUUUACACCCGAGCAAUAAAGUAGCAAUAAACUCACUGGGUGGUACCCUGCAUGUGUCCUCAGGAAGUUGUGCCCUGGUGGUGUUGAUGUGGAAGAGCCAGGUGUCCUGUUCAGUGGGUUGUACUUCAGUAGAAAGCUGAGUUGGUGAUACCAGGUUGCACAGUGCAGCUGUUCAGUGACUGGGUUUGUGUUAUUCAGUGUUACCCAGCUGUUACAGCUGAACUGAAGUCAAUGGGAAGGGUUCUUUGCAGGCCUGUUUAAUGAGCCAUGGUUUUAUCUUUUAUUAAAAUUGGGCAGAUGAUCUCUCUAAUCUGACUUAGCACGAGGAUGGACUUCAGCAACUGCUUUAGAUUAGAAACACGAGGAGAAAGUGUAGAAGUUGGAUGGAGGGACAUAUCCAGAAGGUUUUGGAAACUUUUCCAUGCAGACAUGCACAACAGAGCUUCUACUAUUGCUUCUUUGUGGAUCUACAGAAUGAAGAAGGCCCUGGCUCCAUUACCCACUUGACUGUUCUGCAAACCAAAAGCUUUUCUCGGGAUAAGGGCUGAGCCGAUCAAUCUGUUAACCUUGCAAUGGGGAUAUUUAGGCUUAUUAAGUUAAUCCUGCCCUUUGUAGCAGCUGUGUGCUUUAUUUUAUGAUAGCUUGGUUUUGAAUAGCUAUCACUUCAAAAGUUGUUUUUUUAGUUAUCAUUUUUCCUACUCCUUUUACAGAAACUAGAGUGCUUAAGCUGAAUUCCCUAAAGUAACUAACACUUGGCUGAUAUCUUUGAUAUCCAUAAUUGUAGUGGUUGUAAGAUCUGGGAUGUGAUCAUAGAGUAUGUAACUCCAGUGGUAUCGUGGCUACCCUUUCCUGGGUGGGAAUGUCUGCUUACUGCUGGAAAGGACCAGUGCUUUUUGUUCCUCACAUGAAACAGCUCAUUAGUCCAUAUACAAGUCUGUGGAACACUUUUCAAGGUGGGCAGGGGGGAUUUAAAGUAUUUUAAUAAUAAAAAUGCGAUGAAAAUUUGGUAGUUCCUUACUAGCAGAUUGCUGGCUGCCUCCAAUUCUCUGUCUGUGAAAAACGGUAUCAUUCCAGGUUCUUAAGGGUAUUAUAAUAACUAACACAUUCUUCACUGUGGCUUUGAGGAAGUUUAACUUCUCUGUGUCUCAGAAAACAGCUGAUUUUUGCCUACCUCACAGGGAUGCUGAGCUGACAUCAUUGUCAUAGAGAGCUUUGAAAGUAAGAAGUGCUUUAUCUCUGUGUGCUUUCCGAAAGGCUUGUUAGUACUAGAAAACAUUUUAGACAUGAACUAACCUAAUGGGUAAAUUAACCGAUGUAAUUAGACCAAAAUAAUCUUCACAUGUAAUCAUUGAGUAGUGAGAGAGGUCCAUUUAUUGGUUUGCUUUGUGGCAAGGAUGCUGGGUCUCUUGCCCUACCCCUCCUCUCCCUGUCCUCCCAUGUACUUUCCCUGAAUAUAAACUUUAAAAACUUCUUUCAGGUCUCUCUUGAUGAGCUGUAUUGCAGUGUGAUGAGUGUGCACUGGUAGAUGAACAGGUCUGUAGCCCAUCUGUGAAUGUGUCCUAAAGCACCUCCCGGCCUUCCCUCUGACCCAAUAAAAUGCCUGAGUGUCAUUCUGUUAA